GGGCUAAUGCUGUACCAUUUGCCAUAGAAACAUCCUGGAAGAGAUCAUAAACCUGACCAAAAAUAUUAAAGAAUACGACUAUAUGGGGUCCAAUAGUUGUGGCUAAAAUGAUCCAACAAGUUCAUCUGAGCUAAGAUCAAAUAACUUGCAAUUUGACAGCCACUUGUAUAUAUGAUUGCAGACUUCGUGUAGUUUGACUAGUUGACGUCCCCAAUCGAGUUAUCUCCCCUCUUUUACCAGUCUUUAGCGUCGCGCGUGGGAGACCGACGGUUUUAGCAGACGAUUCUGGGGAAGACGCUGUAAGUGUGUCGAACGCUACUCAACUUCUGUCUUUCAGACCGAAAUCAUAUACUUGUGACAGUUGCUGGAAAUUAACCAACGUGCCCUGUUGCUGAGGAAUUCAUACACCAUGGCAAUGAAAAGAACAGCAUCAGACAUCCUGGCUGAUCAGCACUGGAAGCGGAGAAUACUGAGUAAUGAAACAUCCUACUUGCGUCAAACCGAACCAUCUGUUGAUGCAAGCGCAAACAGACACAAUAGAUUGGAUAGCGGAAAAAUGUCCGUGCCAGAAGGCUCUGACCUAUAUUCAUGCCAAACAGAUCAAGUGAGCUCUGCUGAACACAAUAGUCAAACUACGAGCAAGUGUCAUGAGGUCAUUUUUGAAAUUCAGGAUGUUCCCCUAGCAGAGGUGACAGGCACCAGUGUUGAAAAUGGUUCAGGGAAAGACCAGUUACAUACUGAGAAAUGGGACCAAACCUCCAUGGACUUUGAGAACAAUCAACAAGCUGUCUCCCCGUCCUUAUUAGGACUGUCAGAGAAUCCAAAAAGGGUUGUUCCCUUGGAAUCUGAGACAUUGGACAGCACCACAUGUACGUCAGGGAACAUCUUGUUUGUGAAAGAAGAUCCGGUGUGUGAGACACUGAUCAUUGUCCCUGCAGGGUCUGAAGACUGCAAGGGAGAGGUGUCACCCCUAGAAAACGAAGACUCAAUCACAGAAGAUGCUGACCAGGAUUGUCUCUCUCUGCAAGCACAAGACAGUCAGGUAAUAGGUGAAGUCAGCACCAGUUGUCCAGCGCCGAUAUCCAAUAACAUUGAAACGGAUGACACUGCCAUGAAUCAGUCAGAAGAUAAGUGUUUAGCAAAUUCAGUUCCGCAAGCUGAUCGAAACCCAGAUUUACAGAAUCUCGCUCUAGAUUCUGUGAGUGGUUCUGUUAGUGAGCAAAAUGCUGAAAACAUUCUUGUAACUAAUGGUGCUGCUUCUAACCAGCUUAUCCAUGAAGCCAGCCUUGAUGCACAGUCAGCCAACGAUUUGCAAGCCAACAUCCAUAGUGUACAAUAUAUGCAUGAUGCCCAAAAUGCGAGUAAGAAUGCACAGGAAAAUCCCGUGGUUUCCUGCAAAGCUCCUCCUGAAGAGCCGAGUGUCACAACUUCCAAACUGCAACCAAAUGUCACAGUAGAGGCCUUUGUUCCUGUGUCACAGACAACUUUUGUGAAUGGUGUAGCAGAAUCUGUGAAAAGAUUUCAAGACACAGCACAGCCUGCCAUGGCGGAGCAAUGUUGCCAGGUUUUCCAGACACCAGAAGUGCCCCAAGCUUCCAACUCUGACCAACCUGUAACUUCCGCUGCAGAGUACGCCAACUCAAGCUCAGAAAUUAAUACUGAAAUGCAUGAAGUGCCACCAGGAGCAAGAACUGUUCCAGUGAUGCCUCCCCAAAUUCCCUGGCAAAUGAACCCGACCUCCCAGCUUUCAAGUGCAUGUAAUAGCACAGAAGGAAUUCCCGUUCAUAUUUCAAAUACAAUGAACUAUUGUGCUUCUGAGCAACACCCGAUGGCCAAGAGUGGUUUUGUAUCUCAUGCCAAUCACUGUGCAGGUUAUCCAGGAACUCCUCGACCUCAGUUUAUUGAACAAGGCAAUGCAAUGAACUACCAGCAUUUCAUGACUCAUGAACAGCAAGUGCACACUCAACUAAACACUAACGGCCAACUGCAAAUUAGCCAGCCACAAGUUGGAAGUACUGUGCCUCCAAUGCAGAAUCCAGCAAGCCAACAGUACACAAGUCAACCUGUCGCUCAACCAAAUCCUACAAAUGUUCAUGCUUACAGAAAAAAUGAAGGAUCAUUCGUCUCACAGCAGAGGUCUCCCCAUGCCUCUCACGUAUCGGAGGGACUUGAUCACUGCGCUACUAGUCUUUUCCAUCCUGGAGAUUUCAUGCAGAACACCAAUGGUAACUCUUCCACUGGAUUCCACAGGCAGCUGCCAGAGUUAAUGCUUCACAACAGUGACCUGGGUGGAUAUGAGGCAACUAAAGACAACUUUUAUGGGAUGAAUCAAAAUAUUGCUCCAAAUAAUGGCAACUUCCACCCUCGACAGGCUUUGACCCAAAUGAAUGUACCACACCAGUACUGGUCUGCGCAACGCCAUGGAACUCCCAUAUGCUCCACCAAGCCAUAUGGACCACCACGACACUACAGGCCAGCACCAUACACAUUCCCUGCUUGCAUCUGCACUGGCUCGCCUGUAAAUAUGCCAGCUUGCAGAAACUGCCGCAUGGGACAUAGUAAUCUACCCUCUGCAACCAGACAUCCAAGAAGCUUUAACAGUUCUUACACUGAAUAUACAUGCAGAGGAGAUCAUAAAGUCUUCCCCCGGAGGAGUGCAUCCUGCUUCCACAUUGGCCAACAGACACCUGAUUGUUCCCUACAUGCUGAUAAUGAGAUGUCUCCAAUAACCCCAUCCUUCACCCCAAAAAGCAGGCAAAGGCAGAUGGGUGAUUUUAGCGCUGAAGGAGUCAGAUUUCAUAACAAAGAUUUUCAAAGUAACAGCUGGCACUCUGCCUUCUCUCAUUCCUCUGAUUUCUCCAGCGAUUCUGACAGCCCAAUGAUAAUGUCUCGUGCUCAGCCUGGGCUAGGAUGCACAGGUGAUAUGAACUCGCUUGGAGAGAGACAGGUACCAGAGAACUCUUUGUCCAAUCCAAAUAACCCCGUCUUUAAAAACCUACCUCCCCCUGGACUCCAAAGAACAAAGUUCCUCGUGUCCACCUACAUAGAUUACCUGGUUGAGGAGAAUGAGCGGAUCACUGACAUGUCCAAAGCGUUCACUCCACCCACCUACCUGUUUCUGGAGGAGGAGCAGUAUGUACUGCAGGCUCACAAAGAGGAGGUGCCAUUCCCUUCCAAUCGCUUCUCCAGGUGGAUAAAACAGUACUUCCCUCAGGUUGAUGCCAUUUCUGUCCCAGAGGGAAAGUCAAAAGAAAACAGCACCAACAUUAGCAGGCUUAACCUGUCGGAGAAGAGCUUUGAUGAGUUUGCUCACACUGUCUUUUUUGGUUGUCAGGAUAUGCAGGACAAAGGAAAAGCUGUGCCAGUGCAUGCUCCAGUUCAGAAAAUUGCAGAAAAUCCAGCAAUCAUGACAGUUGCUCAACCACAACCUCAAGCUGCAACAGGAAAUUAGCAUUGCAUGUAUCGUAUGAUGAACAUCUGUUAGUUACAUUCUGCUUUGCAAUGACUUGAGUAAAAAGGAUCAGGGUAUGCACACUUCCAUAUUAUCUGUAAAUCUCAAGCAACACCAAACACCACCCCUAAAAUUAGCAUUGGGCCAUUUUUGCAGAUUUCUGCUUUUGUUGAAUAAGCAUGGGAUGCUUUGUUGUUCUUUUAGACUGCUGGUUGUUAUUUGAAUUUUCAACUCUUUUUUUCCACUGUUAAAGUUAUAAUGUUCAUGUUUGAUACUGGGUUUUCUUUAUACUUUCUGGUGUCAAGUGCACUGAAUGUGUUGAAUUUUAAUGUGAUGGAAACACAUACAUACAUACAUACAUAACUACAUGUAGAACACGAGGAAAAAAGAAAGCAGGACAAGUGCUCUCACCAUAUAUUCAAGAAAAUAUAUGUGUACGUUUAUACAGAGGUAAAUGUAAUGUUUUCUUCUGAAGCCAAAAUAACUUGUUAAUGUGAAAUUGUGCAGACUGGUGCACACUAUCUAGUACAGUUAAUAUCUACAUGCUAUCACAGCUGGGCAUGAUACACAAAGUGUCUGAGAGUUUUUCUUUAUAUUAAUUUGAUAUAAACUUUGAGAAAAAGCAAUGUACAUGUAUAUGAAAUUCCAAGAUGCAUGCCAUUCAUCUGCGUGUCAUUUUUCUUUUUAAAUAUAUUCAGUAUGGUAUUUCUAUUUUCUAAGAGGAAUGAGACAUUUGUUAUUUAUAUCAAGGUGGUCAUAAUAAGGUUUUGUUUUGCUACUUUUUUGGAAUGAUGACUAGCUUCCAAUAUGCUGUAGCAGUUUAAAAUGUGUUGUUUGGUUUUACCAAUGGACUGAAUAUCGUCAAAACUUAGUACUUGUUGACUACAAGUAUACCAUGUAAUGCGAAGCUAGAAUGUUGUCUGCCACUGUGCAAGUGAAGGGGAGACUAUGGGAAUGUUGUACCGAACCGUUAUCCGACGUAAUAUACAUAUUACAUUGUACAGCAAGAGGUAAAUUGGCGCGAAUUUCACGACAGGUUUAAGACAGUCAUGACCAAAUGCAAAAUCGUUAUGAUCAAUGACGUCAUGUUUACGACAUUCUUUGAAGUUUUUAAGAACUUUUAAAGAAUGAUAACGAUUUUUCGCACACUGUUUACGACAGACUUAUAAAUAAUUUUGAGUGCCUUAUAACACUGUGCGAAUCUACAUGAACCAUUACAAUCAUUUUUACGAAUGAGCAUGACAUGAAUCUUCACUUCACAAAGUUGUUGUGACUUUUGUCUGUAAUCUGAUUGGCAAGCUUCUGGACAUUUCCUUCGCUUUACAUCCGAGAAGCUUUGUAUCCAUUCGUAAUGAUGUGUUGUUGUCAAGACCAUUCUUAAUUCUACUGUAAGUAUAUCAUCAAUUUAUAUUCAUUCGCAAGUAUUUUGUGUCUAUUCUGCAUUAAUCGGCUGAUUUUGAGAAUCGUUAUGACAUAGCAAUGCUUCCAGAAUAAUUACGUUACCUUGACGAUUGCUGCCGACAGAUUCGCAAAUAUUUACAUAGCUGUUAAGAAUGUUUAUAAAAAUACAUCCAGUUACAAAAUUUUGGAAAUUGUAGAAAAAUUGUAGAAAAAUAGAACAUGAAUUCAUUAUAAACACUUGCAAAUCAAUAUGAAAAACCACAAAUGCGAAACACGACAACAUUGUCAAUUCAUAACGGUUCGGCAGAACAUUUGUCUAGGUGGGAAUGGGGCUUAAUACAUGCUGUAGCCUUCAAGACCUAAAGGUACAUACAUGUGGGAGAAUGGUACACAAGAGUGAAGUGUUUUGCUUUUAUUUAGACUAUUCAUGACCUGUUUGUCAUACAUUUAGUUAACAAGCAUGGCAAGGUUUGAAUAAAGUUUGAUUU